CGCUAAAUUGUUCUUACAAAAUUGAUUGCACAAACUCACACAUUUGAGCAACGUCUUCAAAUUAGCAACAAGGUGAAAUCAAAGCUAGGAAUUGCAAUGUCGGAAUCGACGACCGCAACAAUCGGCUCCAUAGUACAAUCGACCACAAUCCAAACACAACCAGAUCUGAAGCCAUGGCAACGCAUCGAUUGGGGCUCCUGCGCCCAGGCCCGCCUCUUUCGCGAUUGGGGCAUGUACUACACACGAAAGUUGCUCAAUAAAAAGGCGCUCGAGUGCUAUGGCCGGGCAUUGGCCAUUUGCAAGGGCAACGAUGUGCCCAUGGGGCCGACCUGCGUGAAGCCCCAUCCCCGUCAAACGCGAAACGAGCGCAUCUGCUAUGAUAAGAUGACCGGCGCCUGUAGUGACGACUUCCGCACGCUAGCCAGACGGAGUCACACCUGGCGAGCCAUUGCCCAGUCCGAGCGCUCGGUCCAAGACGCCCAGUUGGCCAAGAUGUUGAUGCACGAGAGCAGCAGCGUUAAGGAGCGCGCUGCUGCAACACUCGAAGAGUGCGAUGCACUCUACUGUGCCAAUCGCUAUGAGGAUAAUCUGAGAACUAUUUAUACUGAAGCGCGCCAAAUAUCGGGCAGAAAUGUUGCUGAUCUCCUCGAGCUCAGGCGACAGCGGACACUAAGUGUGUUCAAUGAUGCUCUUGGUGAGACUCUGGGCCCCUUUAUGCACGAAAAUAUGGGGGCCAUACAAGAGGUGGUACGCCAACGUCGCGCCGCCGAGUCCUUCGUCCAACGUCCGCUCUGGAAAGUGCUGAAGGAGCAGAAUCGUUGCGAUGUGCAGAGCAUAAUGGACAAGGAGGUCACAUACAUAUCGCCGCUAGAGCGUGCACGUCGUCGCUUGUACAACAAUGUGUUCAACUAUCAGUAUUUGGGUCGUAGUGCCUACGACGUGGCCCUAUUGCGUACCCUUCGCUCCGAUCAGAACUUUGUCAAUCCGCUGCUCCGGGAGUCGGCACCCAUUCUGCGUGAUCUCAGCAUAAAUAACUAUGCGACUGUGCGCAAGUUUAUGAAAAUGAUGCACGCACGCACGCCACUCUAUUGUCGAAACUAUCGAAAGUGUCGUGGGAAGAGUUUCUGUGAAAAGAAUCGCGAAAAUUAUCUGUUUCGUGUGGAGAACCAAACGAGACGCGACUGUUUCCGUAUAUUGCGUGAGGUUCGGCAGCUGAGGCGCGAGGGCAACAUCGAUCGUCUCACCAGCUAUGUGAACGAUAUUAUGGCCAAUUAUAUUGCGCUUAAGACGCAACGCAUACUCCCCUGGAAAUUGGAGUUCAUUAACGAGGUUUACAAUACAUUGGCGCUGGCCCAUGUCGAUCGAUGUGCUCUGCCCAAGAAUGUUGACUUGCUUGAUCCGAAGAAUCGUGGAAUCCUCUACUUGCUGCCACCGGAAAAGAUUAAGGAAACACAUUUUUUCUUUGGCGGUCCCAAUGUCUACAAUGAAAUGGCCAAAGAUGAGGAAACGCACAAGCGUGCAACCCAGCGAAUCGAUUUGCUGGAAGCGCGCUAUCGCGGCACACGCUAUCCUGUUGAGCGUACGUUUUUGUGCUUCGAAAUCGGUCGGAGUUACCUGCAGGAGCUUCGCUUUGACAAGUGCAUGAUUAUGGCACGCAAAGCGAUUGCGGAGUCGCGUCACUGCAACAGCACUAUUUGGCGAUUCAAUAGCACAUUUCUGGUGUGUCAGGUGCAUGCGGCGCUCAAUCGGCUGGAACGUCUUAGGGAGUCCCUCGUUAAGGCCACUAUAUUGGCGAAUGAGCUCAAGUCUCCCGAGCUGGCGGCCUACUUAAAAAUUUGCUCGAUGGUCAACGAUCAUGAGUUGGAGACACGGCGUAUGCGUUUCUCGGAUCAGAGUGUGCGAAAGCCUCGUCGAAAGGGACGUACGUCCACGGCUCUUUCCAACCGGGGAGCUAGCAGCACCUCUAUAGGUACCACCAGCAGUCUAUCGUAAUAAUUUGCAGCUGGCAACGCUGCCGCCAUCUCUUUGACAGUUGGCAAUGCUGUUGUUAUAAGCUGGCAAUGCUGUCGAGCAGCAACAACAACAUUAACUAAAUCAAUAAGAGUGGCAAUGAAAAACUGUAUCAUUACAGUAUCUGUUCACGAAUAUUGAUUUUAUUAUUGUUGUUAUUGUUCGCUUUGCGGCAUUUCUUAAAAUUUUAGUUUACCACGUCUUUUUACGAAAACAACAAUACUUUUAGACCAUUUUUUUUUUAUCAUACAAGUAAGCAGUGCUUUUUUGGCCCAAUCAAAAUAUUUACUGAUUUAAAUAACAUGUUUAAUUAAUUUUGUAUUUUUUUCUCCCCUCUCUCUCUCGUUUUAUGAAUUGUAAACAUUA